AUGGGCAGUGGGGCUUUAACAUUUGGUCAUCGUAGUACUGCAUUGAACGAAAGCCAGAUGUGUAAUUGCUCUCCUGAACGACCCAUGGAUAAUAGUCGUUGCGUAGAUUAUCUUAAUGAAAAGCAAAUAAGUGGUUCAGAUGGUGCUAAUCAACCGCACUGGUCGUUCAACAACAAUAUUGUGCCGACAACUGAUACCAUUGAAGCGGUAGCAAAUAUUGAUCAGCAACAUUUUAACGGUGGUGGUGUUGUUGUUGAGGGUCACUAUACAAAACUAUCCGAUUUGAGAAAGUCAUCAGUGCACAAUAAUAAUAAUAAUAUUAAUAAUGUUAAUAAGCAAACAUCUGCAAUAAAUAAUGUAGGAUCCGUAGUUGAUAUGCUUGAUGUGAAACAAAAUAAUACUACAUUAGAGCUUGCUAACCCUGCUAAUAAUACUCCUUCACAAAUUGGUAAACCUAAUGCAGUUUUAAGGACGAAUUCGUCAUUCGAUUAUAUUGGUGGUGGGGAACAAAUUCAAACACAUCCACAUCGUGAUAAACCACAUGGGCAUCAUCAUGGUCAUAGUCAUGAUUUAAGUUCUGUUCGUGCAAUUGCUUAUACUAUAAUUGCUGGUGAUGGAUUACAUAACUUUUGUGAUGGUAUAGCUAUUGGUGCUGCAUUCGCGAAUGAUAUGCGUGGUGGUCUGUCAACUUCAAUAGCUGUAUUAUGUCAUGAACUCCCACAUGAACUAGGUGAUUUUGCUGUUUUACUUCAUGCUGGAAUGUCUGUAAAAUCAGCUUUAUUUUAUAAUUUAUUAUCCAGUAUAUUAUGUGCUGCUGGUAUGAUUAUUGGUUUUUUACUUGGUGGAAUGCAUUCAUUAGAUACAUGGAUAUUUAUGUUAGCUGCUGGAAUGUUUAUUUAUAUUGCAUUAGUUGAUAUGAUGCCAGAAUUAUCGGCUAAUCAACUUAAAGGUAAUCGACGUUGUCAUCAACCGAGUGUUUUAUUUUUAUGGCAAAAUUUUGGUAUCCUUUUAGGUUUCUGUAUAAUGCUAUUAAUAGCAUUUUAUGAAUUUCAAUUUAUAUCACACUAACCAACAAAAAAAAAUUUUUUUUUUUACAUCUUUUCAAAUCGUGUUUCUUUAAGCACCCCCACCCCCACUAUUUCUUUUUCUUUGAUGAAAAAUAAAGAAGAAAAAAAUAUUGAUUAUUUCCGUUGACAAAUUACAUUUCUAUUUUAUCUUUAUCUUUGUAUCUUUUUUAUUUACCCAAUUUAAUGUAAGUAAGAAAAGAAAACAUUAUUCUCCUUUUUUUGUUUUUUUUUUAAAGAGAGAAAAACAAUUUCUUCUCUUUAACUUUUCUUCUUUUUUCCUAAGGAAAAAAAAAGAAAGAAGUUUAUAUUUAGAUAUAUUUUGCUAUUUAUACUUUUAGUCUUAAAUAUAAUAAAAGAAAAACGCUUUAUGAUUUUGUUUAAUGGUGAAUUAUGAUCUUCAUUUCAAUUAUCAAAUACACUAUUAUCAUUACAAUUUGCAUUCUUUAAUCAUAGAAUGAGGAAUGUAUGCAGUGCUAUUUGUUGAUUAUUCGAUUGUAAUGAUAUGUGAUUCUUUUUGUUUUGUUUUUUUCUUUUCUUGUUGUUUCAUCUAUUCCUAUUUAAAAAUAAUUUGAUCAGAAUGAUCUUAUUUUCUGUUGAUCUCAUUUUUGAGUUCAAUUAAAGAUUUGUUUACUGAUGAAUAA